UUAAAAUUUACAUUGGUAAAUAAACCCAGGUAAUAAUGGCAUCCACUCAAGAAAUUGAAGGACCCUGGAAUUCAGCGACUAUAAAAGUGGUUAAAGAACCUGAUGAUAAAAUCAGAGUUCUUGAAUUCUUCUGCAGUAAUUUCAUCCAGGAAGAGCCCACACUGAAGCUGCUUGGCUCAACGGAGGAAUUAAGACACGAUUUGGAGCUAAUGGUCAGGAAAAUGUUGGACGAAGAGUUAACUCUCGUUGCCGAAGAAGAUGGCGAGGUUGCUGCUGUCUGGAUAUCCUACAACAAUACGGACAUUGGGGUGGCAAAUUCUGCGGAGGGGAAACUGUACCUCCAAAUUUUGGACGAUGCUGAGAAAGCCGUGGAUUUUGGACAAGUUUUUGGCACGAGUGACUACUGCACGAUGUUUGGUGUCCUUGUUGCCCCCAAGUUUAGGAGACAAGGUUUAGCCACAGAACUCGCCAAGCGGUCGCUGGCCUUAUUUUUACAGAAUGGCAAAACUCACACCGUUAUAAAGUGUACGUCUCCAUUUACGAGGUCAAUGAUGGUACGGCUAGGAUUUGAAGAGAUUGGGAAAUUGGGAUACGAUCAAAUCGUGAAUGAGGCUGGGGAGAAAGUAUUUUCUGAGAAUGAACUAGACCCCAGACUUCAUUAUGUCACUGUGUAUGGAAAAAUGGAGGUUGUGCCGUUGAAAUUAUAGAGAAAGUAAAUCCGUCACUUAUGUAGAAAUGAUUGUAGUUACCUAUAUGUGAAGCCUUUAUUGUUUUGUUAAUACAUAUAUAUCAAAUGCAUGCAAACUUGGAAAUCUACAUAUAAAUAAAUACAUGCAUAUGCCAAACAUAUGACUAUAAUUAUAAAAAAAACAAGUAAUCAAGUAAUACGUCUUUGAGUUAGGUUUUUAUCUUAUAUGUAUGAUGCACAAAGCCAAUGAUUUAUUAUACUAUACUUUAAAUAAAUACGGUUACCUACAUGUACGAUAUAUAAGUUGUAACGCUCCCUAUUCUAUUAUGGGAUUGCGUGUCCUGAUUCACAUCCACUUUCACGGAUGCCCCUUUUCUUUGCGACGUUGUGCAAUAAAUUCGUAGUGGAAAAUCA